AUGGAAAUCCAUGGUAUCGGUGCUAGCAAGGCUCCGAAUGCUGCCGAGCUCUUCCACGCUUUCUGUGCACGCAAGGAGACUACUACACAGCUUGGAGUGGGUGUGGAGAACCACUUCUACACUGGGUAUCGGCACUCUCAGCUUGACUGGUCAAAGCCAGUCCACGGAAUCCUGGUGGACUUCAAAGGGGACAGCAUGCAGAUCGGGAUGCUGCUGGAACGUCUUGAGGCGUGCCAGGAACAGUACAUUUUCUUAGGAAACCCGCCGCCCUUUAAUGGUGGAUGGCACUUCACUGCCCUCAAUGACUUUGAGCAUGUGAUGGAACAGAAAGGGCUGGAUCCAAGUUGGGAGGGGUUUCGGGUGUGGCAUCAGGUCAAUUAUGUCCCUUCAGCUACAGAGGAGGGAGCUCCGGCGCUGGUUCCCAAGGAUCAGUGGGAUCCCAAAGCAAAGCAUACCGGCGCUAUCCCGAUAGGAAGCGACUUCAAACUUAGCACCAUCUUUUUCACAGGUGGUCUGAUGCCCCACACUCUGAACGCCACAUUAAUGGCAGAUGACAAUGAUGCUGCCCAAGUGGUCAAGAAGCACUUUGACCUUGGCGCCCGUUUUGCAGCAAUCGGCCAUGGACUCGACGUCCUCCUGGCGCUAGGAGACGGCAAAUCGAUCUUUUCGGGAUUUCAGGCGGCUGUUUUCCCCAAGCAAGAUCACCUCCUCUCUAUCAAUGGCUUGCAGCCUCCAGCUGAUGGUGGCAAAGUCUGCAGCUUCACAAGUGCGGGGGGAGUUGAAUUGAUAUCAGCUAGCUACUGGGGCAAGGACACUGCGGAGGAAUUCUUUGGUAAAUUAGGCCUUGCCUCCAGCAGGAUGGACACCAGCUUCUCAAGUUCUGGCAGAGUGCAGCGACUGGGAAGCUCCGAGACAGUCUUCUGUUUCGAUGCAGCGAAGCUGGACGGCCUCUCUGGGAGCUGCAUCAGCGGUGAUCCUUCUGCUCCUCGGGUGGCCUUCUUCGUGGAUGAGGUUGCAGAUCCGAUUGAGACCUACACCAUAAUUGACCACCUCUUGAGCAUGAAGUUCAGCGUUCACCUGAUAAGCCACAGUGUUGAAGCAGAGAAGGACCCAGGGAUUAGACAAGUUAGAUCCGAGACUGUGUGGGGCAAUGCCAACUACGCAUUGAAAGACUGCUGCUGCCUGCUGCCGACGAUGCCAGCAAACCUUGUGGACAAGUCACUUCGAUUUGAUGGCUUUUUUGUAGCAGGUGGGCAGUGUCCGUAUUAUAUGAUGAAAGAUCCUGCCGUGACAGCAAUCAUGGAUUCCGCUCCCAUUGCUGCGGCAGUCUGCCAUGGGCCUGAAGCAUUGAUUGGUUCAAAGUGGCUACAUCCACCUGACGGCAAGGUGGGGCCGUUCAUCUCGUACUACGGCGCGUGGAUGAGUUUUCGCGAUGUCCAAGGCUAUGAGCGAAGAAAGCCGGGCGAGAUCUGUGAGGACGCUUCGGGACGACUCUUUACAGGAAACAUUGAGUGCAUCUUGCGCGGGGCUCGCUUGGGAGCUCGCAUUGUCAUCACUGGCCUGGAGCUCUUUGACUCUGAUAGCUUGUUGGACAGCAGUCACAGCUACCUCUGGCUGCAGGACCUGAGUGGGAAGAUCUAUGUGCUGGAGCGGAUUCGUGCUGCGGAGGCCGAAUAUGGCUUUGACCUUCCCCUAGAAGAGCGGCUAACAUUCGCAGAGCAAGGACCGGCUCGCCUGCCUGACCGGCUGCCAGACACUAGUCCUCCCAACCUUCGCAGCGCGCGGCGGGAUCUCUACCGUUUAAACCAUCCAACACCAGCCGAAGGCCCAAGGUUCUUGAUGAGAGACUCGUACUGGGACAAGCGCCAGGGCGAACGUAUCCGUGAGCAGCCCGAAGCAAUGCUCCGACGAGGGCUUCUACAAGAAACUCCGGAGGCACGCGCUUACUUUACGAUUGCGGGUCAGGAGAAGUCGCUCUACCGAAGGCUCCCUUGUGGUUUAGACUGUUGGUUCGGGCUAGCGCUGGACAAACAUGGGUCGACUGGAGCAGGAACGCGGACAGGCCACUGCAAGCUUGUUGCACCUACAGGUUACUUAGUCGGGAUGGAAAUCGGUCGCCUGGGCGAGUUCAGUCAGCCACUGAGCUUCUUGCCGGGAAAUUCAUCUGGCUCCUUUGAGCAUCUUCGUACUAACUGGACCAGCCCCGCCCCGUACUUCGGCUCCUCGCAGAAUUUCGCCGCGAGCCAUGACAACAGAGGUCCGAAGCUCCAGCUUUCAGAUCCGGUGCCAGACUUUGCAGCUCGCCACGAGCGCAUGCAGCAAGAGCUGGAGAGGCGAAAGUACCUGAACCGCUACGUGACGCAGCCGGAACCGUUUGUUUUCUUCACUCCCUCACGCAGCCAAACCCGCCAGCCUCCAAUGCCAAAGGAUCCCACCAGUGACUGGCGAUACCAGAGAGCAGGCGGCCGGCCACAGUCUCAAGGAGCAGCCGAAGGCCGUGUUCGCCGGGCAGUGCGCUUUUCGGACGCUGAUCUCAAGCUGCGGAGCACGCAGAAGGUUCUGAGCAGCCAGCAAGCUACAAGGAGGAGGCUACAAGAAAGACGGGAGAAAGAGCAGCGAGAAAGGGAAGAGCUGGAGCAGGCGCAGGCUGUAGAUGAGGAGAUGAAGGAAAGGGUCAAGCAAGCCGUCGGACCAGUCGAGCCUCUCGCCAGAAAGAUCGAGCGCAUGGUUGACGACAAGCGACGCGGGCUGCAGAGAGUCCAGAGCCAGAAGCGAAAGGACAUCGACAUGAUCCUGCAGCGCGCCAACAACAGACCGCUGCUGAUGCAGCAGGCAGAUAGCGUCGAGCGAGCUCGCCGCAGAGCACUAUUUCGUGUUCGCAACGCCUUGAGACAGGCCGGCGUGCGCGAUGUCAACCGUCAUUUUGGCGAGGAGGAACUGGAUGAGCUGGGCCGAGGGGAUUUUUUGGCCGGUGACAAGGAGAGUGAGGACUACGCAGAUGACUUUUCGUAA